CGUAUAAGUCUUCAGCGAAGUCUUCAUAUUCUCCUGAAUAUUGACAGAAAUCUUUAAGUCUUUCUUCCGUUUUUAUUUGAUCCCCGCAAUUUGAGCCUUGUUCUCCAGCCGCCAUGGCGACAAACCACCAAGAAGCCGAGGAAACAGACCGUCUCACUCUUCUGCCAGCAGAGCUCCUCAUAGAUAUCAUCGAGCAUGUAGACGUCGCUUCCCACCUGAACUUUGCCUGCACUUGCAAAAAGAUUGCCAAGUGUUCAGCAGGCAUUCUCCACCGUCACAGAAAAGCCCAUGAUCAGUAUGGCGUCAUCUCGGACCUCCAGCCGGCCACUAUACCCACGUUGUUGCGCAAUAUUGUCACGCACAGGGACCCGUUGAUCACAUGGCACAUACGCUCACUAGAGAUAUGGGGUCGCCGAAGAUUUUGGGAAGACUGGCGGCCGUUCAUGCUCCAGCCGCGAGAACGUUUUGACGAAGAUGCGCUGCCGUUGGAGUGGUCAUUUGAAGACGAGGAACGGGCGGAAUACAUGCGUCUGUUCGAGGACAUGUUUCAUCCGGACCACUACGAUACAUGUAUAGCCAAACAGCAACUCGAUGAAGGCAACGAUUGCAUGCUCAAGGUUCUACUCACGGCUCUAUGCCCUCGUCUAAACAGUGUGAAAUACGUUUUGUGCGACGCGGGCAACAGAGACGAAAGCCUCGAAUGGCUCGCUUCGCUCAUCGAAAUGAGUAAUUCUCUCAAAUCCUGGGCACCAGGGUUACGCGCUCUUCGUGAGGUCUCCAUCGGAGUGCGCUCCGGAACUUGGCUAGACUGUGGAUACGGAGUUCACCAUCCACCCGAUCUCCUCGCAACUAUCCUCAAGCUCCCCAGCAUCGAUACCGUCUACAUCCACGGCCUAUACGAUCAUGAUCGCGCCGAAGACUCGGCCCGCGGACUCUCACGUGGCUGCUCAAGCGCACAGCACCUCUUCAUCGACGGGGCAGAAUUUCUGGGCGAAGAGUUCUGCGUGGCACUCCUCAACGCCCCUCGCUCCCUUAAGUCCCUCCACCUCCGCGGCAACGUCAGGCGCAACCAGGGUGACUGGGACGAGAUCGAAGAGUUCCUGCUCAGUGCCCGCAACGCCCAAGCCGACUCUCUUGAAAGCCUCAUGGUUUACGAGGCGUGGGGGAUGCGAACUGCUCGUGAAACCGGUUGUACGCUGUAUCGACUCCAUCUGCUCGAACUCAACACCUUCCCACACCUCCGGCAUGUCUGGCUCGACAACGCCGACCUUAUCAAGCAGGCGGUCGACUACGAUAUGUACACGACGCCGGAGCUAUGGGAAACUCCCGCCGAAGCAGCGCUAGAGUGGAUUAUCUCCCGCCUCCCCGCGUCGAUGGAGGUUCUCUUCUUAGGUAACUCGACAGAGAAGAGCGAUCCGAAGAUGACGGAGAACCUCCUCGUCGGCUUCCUCAAGUCGGACAAGUUCCCGAGGCUGAAGGCCAUCUUUAUUGAGGAUGAUGUUGUCCGACGAGAACGAUGCCAGCGGGCGCGGUGCUCCAAGCAUAAGCCGCCCAACAACCUCUACUUCCAGCGCCUCAUAGCUUUAGGUGAGAAGCGCGGGAUCGAUGUUAAUUGUACAGCCAGCGGGACCAGGAAGAAAAUACACAACGACACAGACAUCGGGUUCCCUGCCGUCCCAGGGGACAGGGCCGCGCUGAAGUCUUUGCCCUUAGACUCCCCAGUCGAUGACUCUGGUGGCGGCAUUGGAUUCAGCGCGCGAGAGUUCAAUGCGUUUGAUGGUCAGUGGCAGCUCAAGGGAUGCGGUAACUGUGGUGACUGCGAAAAGUGCUUCCAGAUGUACCCUGAAGAGAGCUGGAAGACGAAAGAGGAAUGCAUCGAGACAUGAUUGACAGAUUGGGUUACCUGUCCAAACCUCUAGUCUCUUAGAUAGACAUGAUCGGUUCUAUAUAGGUGGCCUAAUCAUUUACUAUCUAUUCCCGAGUACGUGAUCAUGGCACUCGUUCUGUAGCUUUACCAGCCUAAAAUCACGCCGCCUCGCUACCUCCCAGUAGUAGGUAUAUAAAGCCGGCCUACCGUCGCUAAAUCAAGUUGUACCUUGACGCAGCCUGAAG